AUGAUCCGCGACCCCUUCGAUAUCCGCCGAAAGACCGUUUUCAAGGCACCGGCCUCGCCACUCUCACAGCACUUCGGAGACAGUAAGGACAAGGCUGGCGCAAGCGAACCCGAGAAAAUGGCCUUCGACGUCCCCCGAAACGUCCCCAACUUCGAGGCUAACAGUCGAGAUCUUGAGGACACGGCCUGGUCCUCGCUGCGAGGAAACCCGACGAGGAAGGUUAUGCACGAGGUCAAGGACCGGGUCAAUGGCUUGUUCGACAAGGACUCGCUGCCCAUGUACAAAGAUAAACCAUUUCACCACACACCGACGCAUAGGAACCGUCGUUGGUGGAGGAAGAAGCGGAAUCUGCUUGGCAUUACACUGGGCUUCAUCUUUCUGCUGUACCUUCUAGGCUUCUUCUCGUCCUCGAGAAAGGAGGCCUGGACUGCGGAGCGUUCGUGGCCGUGGGAGAGGCCCUCGGGAGGCAAUGUCGAUUGGGAUGCGAGGCGCAAGAAGGUUGUGGAGGCUUUCGAGUUGAGCUGGGAUUCGUACGAGCGUUAUGCCUGGGGCUAUGACGAGUACCACCCUGUGACCAAGACGGGGAAGAACAUGACCCCACAGGGCAUGGGAUGGAUCAUCAUCGAUUCGUUGGACACAAUGAUGUUGAUGAACUUGACUUCUCGCAUCCAGCAUGCCAGGGAGUGGAUAUCUACGAGCCUGACCUGGAACCAGAAUCAGGACGUGAGCACUUUCGAAACGACCAUCCGAAUGCUGGGAGGUUUGCUCUCUGCCCAUUACCUGUCGACUGAGUUCCCCGAGCUUGCGCCGCUCCCGGCUGAGGGCCCUGGCAGCCUCGGGGAGGAUCUCUAUCUGGAAAAAGGCAAAGACCUGGCCGACCGCCUGAUGAGUGCCUUUGAAUCACCCUCUGGAAUCCCUUACUCCAGUGUCAACUUGGAGAAGUUCAAAGGCAUCCCCUCACACGCUGACAUGGGCGCGGCCUCGACGGCCGAGGCCACAAGCGUGCAGCUUGAAUUCAAGUAUCUAGCCAAGCUUACCGGUGAAAAGUAUUACUGGGACAAGGUGGAGAAGGUCAUGGAGAUUGUUGACGAGAACAAUGUCAAAGAUGGGCUCGUUCCCAUCUUCAUUUACGCUACUAAUGGCGAAUUUACGGGUGAGAAUAUUCGACUUGGCAGUCGUGGAGAUUCCUACUACGAGUAUCUCAUCAAACAAUACCUCCAGACGAACAAGGAGGAGCCGGUAUACCAGGAACUAUGGAAGGAGUCCAUGCACGGGAUCCGCAAGCACCUCCUCACUUACACCGAGCCAUCUGGCUUUACUAUUGUAGGGGAGCGACCAGGUGGAAUUGAUGGCCCUCUGUCACCCAAAAUGGACCAUCUCGUUUGUUUCCUGCCGGGAACUAUUGCCCUUGCGGUCACAGAAGGCCUCACUGAGGCGGAAGCCCGCAAGCUGCCUUCGUGGUCCAAGGAGAAGGAAGAGGAUAUGAAACUUGCGCGAGAGCUCACACAGACAUGUUGGGGCAUGUACAAGUACAUGGCGACGGGCCUGGCAGCUGAGAUCACGUAUUUCAAUAUUGCCAACCCCCCAGCUCCCGCGGAUGCCGCCCACAACCCUCCGGAGUACUUUGACCCCGACCCCCACGCGGAGUGGCGCAAGGACUUCAGCGUCAAGUCAGCGGAUGUACACAACCUCCAGCGACCAGAAACUGUGGAGAGUCUGUUUUACAUGUGGAGGAUCACUGGUGAUGUCAAGUAUCGCGAAUGGGGCUGGGAGAUGUUUGAGUCAUUCUUGGAACACACCGCCGUCGAAGACAACGGAGGAUUCACCAGCUUGUCAAAUGCGAACAUUGUUCCACCAAGAGUCAAGGACAACAUGGAAAGCUUCUGGCUGGCCGAGACGUUGAAAUAUUUAUACCUACUCUUCUCGCCCAAUGACCUUCUCCCCCUCGACAAGGUCGUGUUGAACACCGAGGCUCAUCCUUUGCCUCGAUUCAACAUGGGCAAGCUUUUCUCUACCGGGUGGAAGCGCUUGCCCCGGGACGCACAAGGAAAUCUCAUUACUGAAGAUGUAGAUGCGGAUGCAGAUGCAGGUGCAGAUGAUGCUUAA